UUUCUACCGAAUCAACACGACGACAGCACUUAACACUCCCCAUGCCCGCCAUGGGAUAGGGGAACAAACAAUAAAAGAAGCAAAACAAAAACUCGGAGGUCCGCGCCUCCUAGGGCUGGGUCGGGGGCCCCCGGGAGGCGCCUCCGGCGCCGCCUCUGGCGCGCUCCGCGCGCCAGGGAGGGGGGUCCAGCGCCGAUGUGAGAAAUCCGCGCAGACCUCCGAGUUCGUAUGGUUAUGCCAUUGUUUGCUAUCCUCGAGGAGGGGUACGGUAGGAGCAUUGGAUGAAGAACCAUUGGAGUAGCACUCCAGGGUCCAGAAGCUGGCAGGACCCCAAGCGUGGAGUGGCCCUGGAUACCAGCGACGCCCUCAGAAGACAAGCAAUCCUCCAGGGCAUGAUGCCUCCUGGGACAUUCCUUAAACUAAGGCCCCAACGCGGUAGGGCAAGGACGACGGAGUGCGAAAGAGGAGGAGGAGGAGGAGGAGGAGGAGGAGGACAAGGAGGAGGAAGACGAGUGCGAAAGAGGAGAGCCGGUGCACGGUGAGCCCCCGCCGCGUGUCGGCGCGGAUGUUUCCAGGCGAUCCCCCGCCGCAGGCCAGGUCGCGGCGCGCGGGAAUCUUUGUGCCCGGCGCAGCGUGGCGGCCCGCGCGAGCCCAGAGGAGGAGGAGGAUGGGGACAGGGGGAGGAGGAGCAGGGGGAGGAGGAGGAGCGGGAACGCGAACUAUGUACAAGCCACGUGCCUCGGCAGCCGUGAAAUCGGCCCUGUGCCCUGGAACAGCAAGCUGGGCUGCCACUGCUGAGAGGGAGAAUGCCAAAUCCCUGGAGCGCUCCGAUUGGUUGGCCUCGACCCAUUCUAAUCUAAACUUCGGAGCACAAAAUUGGCUCCUUCAAAUGCUGUGGCGAGACAACAAAAAGAGCUGCCUGGCAAGAGGGAGGACCGAGACGACGAGGAGAGAACCGGAGCAGGUUGGAGGCAAGGGGGGAAGGGGGAGCAGCGGCGGCCGGCGAGGAGAGGGGAGGACGAGGAGCGCCGUCGGUCCACCUGCGCCAGUUGCGGACCAAGCAGCACGGGAGGCCACCAAGUGGGGCUGGACCUGGAUGACAGUACCGGCAAUGUGCAAAGAGUUCAAAAUAAGUGGCCCGCCUGGCCCGCCUAGAAACACGGGGCAGUAGGCGGGGCAGGGCGGACCCCACCCCCAGACCUGCGCCGAGUUCGAUACAGCGAUCGCGGUGCCAGCUCACGCCCGCACCCCGCUGGCGACGGAGGGUCCAACCAGCCAUUGCUGGACGACGCCCGUCGCUUUCUCCUCUGGGCGCCGGCAGUAGCACCGUGCCGCAUUGGCAGCGAGGCCAGGUCCGCUCUUCGGCACUCCUGACGCGCACACCGCCCCCCGCUCGACAUUUCGCCACAUCGUCUGGCCCCGCUCUCUGCUGCUCGAUCCCGUGGACCGAGUGCGCACGCACCGCACGGCAAAACCGCUCUUCUGCCACGGCAUUCACUGCCGGCGCCGAGCAGACCAACUGGGCGCUGGAGGUGCAGGAUGCCCCCGCCACUUGCCAGUGCAAGCGUGCGCGGGAGGCCAUCCGGCGCCGCGCAAAAGUCCCCUGGGCCCAGGGCAUCCCCGAGGAACAGUGCAUCCUCGGCCGGCGGCGCGUCCGCUGUGACAAGUCGAAACGUGGUAAUUGACCACUCGCAGCAUCGCUCCGCGUCCUCCUUCCC